UCCUAGCUGUUCUGCUACAAUAAGUUGUGAACUAUGAACGAUCAAUCCUACUUUCGGCAUUUAUAAACGAAUAAAUCUAUCGUUUCGCCUCAAUCGUAACACCAUGUAAGAAGACGGAUUUGUGCCAAGAAGCUCAAUGGCAAGCUGUAACUUCACAUUUGGCUGAUAAUCUGUAUUUGGCUUGGCACUAAUGGCUGCUCAGUCUAGCGUACGCGAAGAACUGAACGUCCUACGGAGGAAAGAAUGGGAGCGGAGGAACCAGGAGGCGCCGCAGGAUAAGGAGCUGUACCAGGAGAGUACGCCGCUCUUCGGGGAGCCUUACAAGACAAACAAAGGCGAUGAACUAUCCAGCCGCAUCCAGAGAAUGCUCGGUAAUUACGAGGAUGGGAACAACCCCCAGAACAUCCAGUAUGAUGGGGCAGCCAGGGAUCAAACCCCCUCAUCAUCGUAUGGACGUUCAGGGCACCCUGUGCACAAAUCAGACAAAUCGGAUCCCUCAUUCCAGAGUUCGUCGUCCUACAGAAGCACCAAACAAGGCCACUCGAGUCAUCACUCAUCUCAGUCUUCGAAGAAGUUCCCCCUCCUGGACAACUCCAUCCUUAACCAGGGCAAAGAAGUUCCUGUCAAAUCCCAUCAAACAAAAACGGACUCCUGGUCUGACAUGAGAGACUACACCACCAUGGUACAUGUUCUCCCAGAACUUUCACCCCCUGUGGAACCUUUGUCCCCUUUACAUUCCAGCGAGUCCAGCGAAUCAGAACAGGACAUGGAUGACGACAACGACGACAACAAGCACUCACUUUCCCCCCAGUGCAAAAGUUCGUCCGGAAGGACUGCACCGUCCCGUCAUUCAGAGGCUGGGCCCAAGGAAACCUCCCAUCUUGGUGGAGAUGCCCCCAUGCCGGCUUCCCAGACCUUCCCACUUCCACUUUCUUCCAAGCCCAACUUGGCCAACUCUAGGAAGCCCAUGGCAUUGGUUCGACCCAUGGAUGGACCCGACCAGGUCAACAGCGAGUCUCCGAAUUUGAAACCGUCACCUGAUGACUAUCACGGACAGUCUUAUGAGAACUUGUCAGAUUUAAAGAAUGUCAGCAAGCCAAACCUUCCUCCACUAAAGAUCCCGUCGCAGUCAGUAGAGAUGCUGUCAAAUGAUGUUCAGCGAGUGGAAGAGAUUCUCCGAGAAAUGACCCACUCAUGGCCGCCUCUGCUAACGGCCAUUCAGACUCCGAGUACAGCAGAGCCUUCCAAAUUCUCGUUUCCUAACAAGGAGUCCAGUGUUCAUCGUGGAUACCAGCAACCUCAAAAGCACAGUGAGUCACCACCGAAAGCUGCGCUGUCACCCGUUCACCAGCACCCAGUUGUGUGUGAAGACGGCGGUACAGCCGUAUUGGCUCCCCCUAGUGGAGGCGAGUCUGGGAGCUCCAGCGAUUCCGAGAGCAGCUCCGAGUCCGAAUCCAGCAGCGAGAGCAGCGAGAGCGGCACAGACGAGACGCCACCUGCUCAGAGGAGUAACACGCCACCAGCCAAGGCCGAAGGGCAGAAAGACAUCAGCUGGCAGUUGAUUAGUUGGAUCAAGGAAAGCCAGCAGAGCCUGAACCCUCAGAACCACGCCGACGUUGCGCCGAAACCCAACCCCAAACCUGCGACCAGCACCAGAUCCCAAGCGCACACUCGCUCCGAGGAAGACUCCAAACCCAAAACUAAGAAACACUACAACUCCCGGACUCCCCCCUCUCAGCCUGAGUUAAACGACGUCAAUUCCGAGGCCAAAGCCACCGCUGCCCCUGAGAGCCAGCAUGUAAGCCACAAACCUGCGUCUACUGCCAGUACGGAGGCAGGAAACCGAAAAGCGGUAGGUGAGAACCACCUGAGCAAGAGCACCAAAUCCCAGAGCAGCCUGCAUGUAGAAAGCGUGGAGGUAACGCCACGCAACAAACAUGCAACAUUUACAGAAAGGCCGAAGGUAAAAACGAAAACGAGCCACGAGAAGAAAUCCGAGAGCAAAAAAACAGCCAAACGUUCGUCUUCUGAAAAAAGGGAUAGCAAAGAAUCGGUUGCUAAGACUGCCACGAUGGUGGUGGUGGUGGAGGACAAAAAGGAGGCGGAGCCUAUCCAGCCGUCGUCUCCACCACUCAAAAACAGUGUAACUGUAACUCCUGCGACGUCCAAGAGUUCCAAAAAGAGCCGGGCUCACUCGCCAACGACGGACAGGAAAUCCAAAUCGGCAGCGUCUAAAUCUAACGGUGACGCUCCUCUCGCUCUAGUGGUGAAGUUCCAGCUGAGCCAGCUUUCCAGAGUGCCACAGGUACCCAAAGCGACGAAGACGCCAACCACCGUUCAUGUGGAGACGCCUUUAAAGAAACCAAAGCAGGAGAAGGAUCCUGGUAAAGCUAGCAAGAAAAGAGCUGGUGAUCACAGUGAGCUUUCUGUGCCAAAAAAGAAGCUAAAACUGGAAAAGGACAAAGAGAGAAAAGCGUCGUCUUCAUCUCAGCCCAACUCCAGCAAAACAGAAGCACCGAAGAGCAGCCGUGAGGAGACCAACAAGAAGAGCAGCAAGAAGCUCCAGGCUCACGCUCCUCACAACCCGGGACACAAACGCCGCUCGGGAGAGAUGGAGGAAACCAGCACCGCGGCCAGCACCUCGACCAGCACCUCCGCCAGCACCGCGGCCAGCAAGCACAAGAAGAAGAGCUCGAGCAGGGAGGAGCACGCCAAGAACGACAAGACAGCCCCAAAGAGCAGCACGUCCGCCCCGGAGCCACCGCCACCAUCGUCCUCGUCCGCGUCCUCGUCCACGCCCGCGUCCGCGUCCUCGUCUUCCUGUAGAGCCCCGGCAGCGCACAGAGCCCUGCUCAAGUUUGACGACAAGCAGUAUCCUGUGGAUCAUCAUAUGAAGGAGGCCAAGAAGCUGAAGCACAAAGCCGACGCCAUGGCGGAUAAAAUGGGGAAGGCCUUGAGUUACCUGGAUGCGGCCAUGUCCUUUGUAGAAAGCGGCAUCGCCAUGGAGACGGAUCCCCAGACGCCCAAAUCAGCAUACACCAUGUUCUCUGACACCGUAGAUCUCAUCAGAUUCAUCCUGAAGCUGAAGAACUACUUAGACCCCUCGGCUCCAGCAUUAGAACGAGACUUCUUAGUACUAUGCAUGCGAUGCCAGGCCCUCCUGCAGAUGGCGAUGUUUCGCUGUAAACGUGAAUCUGCACUGAAGUAUUCCCGCACACUCACCGAGUAUUUCAAGAACUCCAGGACGGUGCAGGCUCCUUCCCCCUGCAUCUCAAAGAGCUCGUCCCCGAUGUCCCCGAUGCCUUCCCCGGCGAGUUCGGUCGUCUCCAAUCCCGGCAGCAGCACCACCACCGUGUCCAUUCCUCAGCUCAUCCAGCAGAUGGCGUCAUCGUACAUCAACAUCACCGCUCUCUUCCUCAGCGCUCACGAGACGUGGGAACAGGCCGAGGAGUUGGCUCGCACGCGCACCGGGCUGGUAAGCGACCUGGACAAGGCCCUCGGCCACCUGAGUUUGACCUCCAGCAUGACCGUCCUAGUGCGCUACACUCGCCAAGGCCUCCACUGGCUCCGACUGGACACAUCAAACCCUCGCAGCAACUCGUGAGCCCUGUGUGUGUGUGUGUGUGUGUGUGUGUGUGUGAGAGAGAGAGAGAGAUGGAAAACGGGCGUCUUUUAACUGUUUUACGUUCUGCUUCGGGAUGGAAGGAAGGAAGGACGGAAGUCUGUUUGCACUUCGUUCUGAAAGCAGCCUGGUUGAUGUAGAGGAAGAAACUCACGAUGCUGAAAAUCACUGGAAUCUCACAGAGAGAGAGAGAGAGAGAGAGAGAGAGGUUCGUCGCUCGAACAGAGGGAACAAAGAUGAAGUCCACACUACAUGUUUCAACUUUAACUUUGCACUCGUUUCCUCUUAUCAUGUGACUCGUUAAUUUAAACCCUAUGUAUUUUAUAUCUCCUGUGGAAAAAUCGACCCCCCCCCCCCCCCCAAAUGAUCUCACUAUUAUUUAUUACACCUAUAUUAUUAUUAUUAUUAUCAUUAUUAGGAUUAGUAUUAUUAUUACUGCCGAUUCUUAUUAUUAGUAAUAUAUUGGGUUUGAGUCAUUAUUUUAACCCUGAUCUCAAGACUUCCAGCUGACAUGAAAUGAAUUGUCUAUUUUUAAAAAGUUACUUUCUCAUCAUAGAGCUCUGAAGGAUGUGUUUAUCGCGCACGCUUCACUUUUUUUGUUGUUGUUUUUUGUUUUUUCCUCUUAGCUCCACGGUGAAGACGUAUUCAAAUGAAAUAUAAAGCCACUUGUUUUUUGUUUAUUUGUUUUUUUUCUUUUGGUUUCAAAUUUGAUUUCAGUUUCAAAGAGAUGUAAUUCUACCUCAAGAGGACAACAGAGGCAGAGGAACAUUUAAAACACACACACACACACACACAGACACGUACACAUGUAUCUGAACAUUACAUCACACAUGAAACACUUCUAGUGCCUUAUAGUGAACCUGCAGUAAUGAAACCGGAAGGUCUGAGAAGGAAAGCUCGUGACCGCUGGAUUAAUAAAUAUCCUGAUUCGUUUCUGUGCCUGGAUGAAAAGGGUUCAGACGUCACGUAGCGUAAAUGCACUUUUCAAGGAGGAAACGGUGUAGCCAGAGUAGGAUCGCGAGGGUGCCAAUACUUAUAAUUCAGCUGUAGCAUUUAGGAUUUAUUGUUAUAUUUUAGUUUUCUCCGGUUGCUACGGAGCCUGAAUUUCGCUCUACGGAAAUAUGAUUCACUGAAGGGGAAAAGACGGCGGAAACGCGUUUGUUUUAGAGUUUUUCAUGCUUUUUGUUUGUUUUUCGUAAAAUUUAUAAACAAGUCAAAGACAUGAUCUCUAGCACGUAAGUAGCACCAGUGCAGAUGUUUCAGAUUUUACUGAUACAUCUCAGGAGCACGAUCGCUAGCGUAACUAGGUAGCUAGCUUUACCACUACAUCAUCAUUUCACCAAGUUUUUAUUUAAAAUAAAUUUUUUUUCUUUUUUUUUUCUUUGUUUCCUUUUCUUU